AUGGCCCGACUCGUGGUUCCGCAGUUCACAGCCGUUGACUCGCCCCAGCGUAACCUCCUCGUUAUAAGGCCUACUGCUACUGGCUGGUCUGAACAUCGAACGCUAUUCCACGCGUCUGUCAUGCCAGCCUUCUUUGAGAAGGGCUCCGAGCUGCAGCCCACCGAUCUAGAAAUCGUCCUAGCGCCCGACGCUGACCCGGCGACGCUGUUUGAUCAAGAUGUCCAGGAGUAUUGGGAGGACCUUCGCAACCACUCCGUCGAGGCGGCUCAAUCCCCCGUACCUAUCCUCCCCAGCUUCGCGGAACACUGCUUCUACUUCGCCGAAGUCUUGGGGAAACGAACCGGCAAGCCCGAGCCGCCCAAGCAGCAGAUGGCGACAUCGGAAGCAUCCGAAAGCUGGAGGCGUGGGCUGCUCGAUCCUCUCGAAGACGUUUCCUAUACCCAAGGCCCUUCAACGUAUCCGUGGAAGGAGCAGGCAACGCCGCCUGGCUCCGGCGACCAUUCCAGCGCUACUGCUUUGGAUGAAUAUUACGAGAGCUGGGACGCUCCGCGCUGGCCCAGUGAACAAGUUCAUCGGGAGGGUGGCGCUACCUUCAACUCAGGUUUCAUGGAACCCGCUGGAUCACCCCACGUCAAUCUCGAAGAAUACGAGUGGACAACUCGUCCUCUUCCUUACCCUCCUUCUGUCGUUGCUUCAGCGUUUGGCCGCGCGACUUAUCCACGCAAUGGCGACGACACCUUCGAUCCCGAGUCCAGGAGGUCGCCGGACCCCUCCGCGACCACGCGAAUGAUGAUGGAAACGCAGACGACGGUCGGCUACGUCUAUGUGACGGUGACACCUCCGGAUAACGUUCCCGCUGGCGAGGUUAACAUUGGCAUCGUCAUUGGACGGCAGCACCGCGGCAAGGGAUAUGCCCGUCGUGCACUUGAGCAGGUCCUCAGUUGGUGCUUCGACUCGUUGGGAUUGCACCGGGUUCAGGCCGUUGUCCUAGACCCCUCCAAGAACGACCACGUCAGGCGCCUAUUCACCCAGAUAGGCUUUGUCAACGAAGGACUUCGUCGUCGCUCUACCAUCGACCCUUCCGAUGGGGCCUACAAGGAUACGAUGCACCUCGCCAUGCUCGAUACGGACUGGGUGAUGCGCAACGUUCGCCCGACUCACAGCAAGUCCUUGUGGGACGAGAUGCUCGAUCGCCAUGUCCGUGAGCGUGAAGCCCUCGUGCGCUGGGAGGAGGUUCGCGAGAAGAAGAGCCUGAAGCGCACCGCUAGCAUGGAAACCGUCAAGCACCUGAAAAUCCAGACCGACGAGAAUCUCGCCAGCCCUCGCAGCGCUAAAGGCAAGGGCAAGGAGAAAGAGACUAUACCCACGCCGUCUGGCAUGCGUGGGUCCAGCUUUGUGCCGGGUCCAUGGGGGAAUACAGAGUGGAUCGCCGAUCAGAAGAGCUUCCCUCAGGAUAGUCUCAGCUCCUGGCUUGACGAUGUAGCCAGAGCUGACCACAAGCGGAAGCCCGAUGGAGACGAGGCCCUGCCCCACGAAGGGAAGCGUAAAUCCAGACGGGAGGAAAGCGAUGAUGAGGACAAGAUCCUUGGAGGCAUCUGGCUCGCUGGUAUGCCUGGGCGCUCCGGCCGCCUGAUUGCCUCCCCUACCCCCCCGCCUACCACGGACUACGAGAUGACGGAUUCGGACUCCGAUGAUACCUGGGAGUCUGCGUCUGAUGAUGCCAGCUCUGGUUCGGGGGGCAGCUUGCUGCCAGGCACGCGCGCUCUGCUGGAGCAGAGGAUACAUUCGUCCAUUCCCGGCCUGAGUGAGGAUAUCCGAGGGGAACUUGGGACGUCGCUCCAGGCGGAACCUAAACUCGGCACGGUGGAAACACCUGUCCAGCAAGGCGCAGAUCCGUUCGCAGAUGGGGAUGGACGAUCCCUUGCGUCCGUCGGAAGCGGAUCAAUCCGAUCCGAAAGUCCUGCUACCACUGACUCAGAGAGUCACUGGGAUAUGUUAGAGACUUCGUCAGUGUCCUCUUCGAACCUCGGAAGCGUCGACAGCAGCGAUUCAGAAUUGCUUUGA